GAGUAUCGGAAACCCUAUCACCAGGGGGUGGCGCAGAGCAAAAUUUCCUCCUAAUUCUCCCUCUUCCCCUUGGGCGAUGGCUUCCGCUGCUAUGGCCGCCUCCUCGCGAGCCUUCCUCCGCCCUCACCGUUGCCGACUCCUACUCCGCCAGCGCCGCAGCCUCUCCGCCAGCGCCGCCACGCCCGGUGCCGCCGCCGCCGCCGCCGCAUCCACUGUUGUCGGGCGCAGCGUGGUGGACGUGCUCCGGGAGCGCGGGCUUGUGGAGGCCACCACAUCUGAGACGCUGGGGUCGGGUUCAGCAAGCCCUAGGGAGCUCAAGGCGUACUGCGGCUUCGACCCCACGGCGGAGAGCCUCCACCUCGGCAACCUCCUCGGGCUCGUCGCGCUCUCCUGGUUCCGCCGCUGUGGCCACCCGGUCGUCGCGCUCGUCGGCGGCGCCACCGGCCGCGUGGGUGACCCCUCUGGAAAGAGCGCCGAGCGGCCCGAGCUCGACCUCGCCGCCGUCGAGACCAACUGCAACGCUAUCAAAUCGCUCAUCGGCCAGAUCCUUGACCGUGCACCCGCCGAACCCUCCCAGCAUUCCCAAUCCGGUAAAAGCUUGAGCUUGGAGCAAAACGAUGAGACUUUGGCCAAUUCGGGAGAAAAGAUGGGUUCUUUUCAGAUCCUUGAUAACUAUUACUGGUGGAAGGACAUCACGCUACUGGAUUUCCUCAAGGAGGUGGGGAGAUUCGCUCGUGUUGGGACGAUGAUAGCCAAGGAGAGCGUAAAGAAGCGGCUCAUGUCCGAGGACGGAAUGAGCUACACUGAGUUCACCUACCAGCUCUUGCAGGGCUAUGACUUCCUGUAUAUGUUCCGGAAGAUGGGUGUUAAUGUGCAGAUUGGAGGAAGUGAUCAAUGGGGGAACAUCACAGCGGGGACCGAGUUAAUUCGGAAGAUUUUACAGGUUGAGGGGGCACAUGGCCUGACAUUCCCGCUCCUUCUGAAGAGCGAUGGGACGAAGUUUGGCAAGACAGAGGAUGGGGCGAUCUGGCUUUCAGCGAAGAUGUUGUCGCCGUACAAAUUCUAUCAGUACUUCUUCUCGGUGCCAGAUGUUGAUGUCAUAAGGUUUAUGAAGAUACUGACGUUCAUGAGCCUGGAUGAGAUUCAGGAGCUGGAACAGUCAAUGAAGAAGCCUGGCUAUGUGCCAAACACAAUACAGAGGAGGCUUGCAGAAGAGGUCACACGCUUUGUGCACGGUGAGGAGGGAUUGGAGGAAGCCUUGAAAGCCACAGAAGCCUUACGGCCUGGGGCACAGACUCAGUUGGAUUCACAAACAAUUGAGGGGAUAGCAGAUGACGUACCAUCAUGCUCCUUGCCAUAUGACCAAGUUUUGAAGUCUCCCCUGGUUGAUCUAGCUGUCUCCACAGGUUUGCUUGCUAGCAAAUCAGCGGUUAGGCGGCUUAUUAAGCAAGGGGGCCUAUACUUAAAUAACAUAAGAAUUGAUAGUGAGGAUAAGUUGGUUGAGGAAGGUGAUGUAGUUAAUGGGAAAGUGCUGUUGCUAUCUGCUGGCAAGAAGAACAAGAUGGUUGUGAGGAUAUCUUGAUUGCUCUAAUUUGUUCGUUGCAUUUAGACUUUUUGUUCAUGGAGAAGCAAAGCAAUAGGUCCAAGUCUUGUAUUAUGAAUUUAAGAUUAGUUGUUUUCAUGAUUAUACAGGUCGCUUUACUGGAACGAUUAAACUAAUGAUAGUAUUAGUUUU